UCUCUGACGUCACUCCUAGCCCGCCCUCUUCUCGCCUUUUCCCUGCUUUGUUGUGACACUUUUCCUCCUCUUUGCUGACGGAUCUGGGACUGAGUGGCCGGGAUCGGAAAGUGGAGUCGGUUCCAGCCGGAGGCCGGCGGCGGGCGGCUGUCGGGAGGAAGGUCCUGGGGUCUGACGUCACGUGGGCUUCCUCUCCUCCUCCUCCCGUUCUCCUGGGCCCCCCCACUUGCUGCUGGGCAUCCCGCGGGCUCCCUGCCCGCUGUCCUGCCUUGUCCCUAGAGAGGUGCCGGUCUGGAGCCGGUGACCCCUCCCGAGAAGUGCCUGGGACUCUGGACCUUCUCCCUACCCUGAGCGCCCUUCAUUGAGAAGUGGGGGUCCUUCCUCCCAGGACUCGGCCCCUCGUGGCCUCUGCUCUGCUCUGGGAGGCAGUGGUCCCUCGUGUGACUGCCGGGCCUGGCCAGAGAACCACAUUUUAAGAAGCACAGUGAGGAGGUGAUCAAGAUGAGGAGAGGAAGACUGCUCCCUUCGUGUUAAGGAAAUCAGGCUGACUGGUUGAAGGAACUAUGGAGAUUUAUCCUGGAAGAGAAGACUUAGGGCCAUAUGACAGUGAUCUUCAGUUAUUUCAUUUUCAUUGUUUUACUUCAGAAUCUCUGACAUUCAAAGAUGUGGCUGUGGAAUUUACCUGGGAAGAGUGGGUACUUUUGGACCCGUCUCAGAAAAACUUGUACAGGGAUGUGAUGCUGGAGAAUUUUAGAAACUUGGUCUCUUUGGGAUUUGCAACUUCCAAACCAGAUGUGAUCUGCCAGUUGGAAAGAAAGGAAACAUCUUGGAAGCCAGAACCAGAUAUUCGAAGAAGCAGCUGUCCAGGAAGGAAAGAAUUUCCUGGCGAGAAAUCUUAUGAAUGUAGUAUAUGUGAGAAGACUUUCAGCAGCAAGACACAACUCAUUGUGCAUCAGAGAACUCAUACUGGAGAGAUUCUUUAUGAAUGUAAGGAAUGUAGGAAGGCCUUCCAUCGGAACUCAGAUUGUAUUAAACAUCAAAGAAUUCAUACUGAAAAGAAACAUUAUGAAUGUAGUGAAUGUGGGAAGGCCUUCAGAAAGAAGCCACAACUUAUUGUACAUCAGAGAAUUCAUACUGGAGAGAGACCUUAUGAAUGUAAUGAAUGUAGGAAGGCCUUCAGGAGUAAGAGACAACUUACUACACAUCAGACAAUUCAUUCUGGGAAGAAACCUUAUGAAUGUAAGGAGUGUGGGAAAGCCUUCCUUCGCAAGUCAGAUCUUAAUAAACAUCAGAGAAUUCAUAUUGGAGAAAAACCUUAUGAGUGUAAUGAGUGUGGGAAGUCCUUUAGGCAAAGGACACAAUUUUAUAUCCAUCAGACCAUUCAUACUGGAAAGAUUCCUCAUGAAUGUAAAGAAUGUGGGAAGGCCUUCCUCUACAACUCAGAACUUAUUAAACAUCAAAGAAUUCACACAGGAGAGAAACCUUAUAAAUGCUGUGAAUGUGGGAAGGCCUUCAGAAAGAAAUCACAUUUUACUGUCCAUCAGAGGAUUCAUACUGGAGAGAUUCUUUAUGAAUGUAAGGAUUGUGGGAAGGCUUUCUUCUACAAUUCAGAACUUAUUCGACAUCAAAGAAUUCAUACUGGGGAGAGACCUUAUGAAUGUAAUGAAUGUAGGAAGGCCUUCAAGAGUAAGGCACAACUUACGCAACAUCAGAGCAUUCAUACUGGGAGGAAACCUUAUGAAUGUAAGGAGUGUGGGAAAGCCUUCCUUCGCAACUCAGAUCUUAAUAAACAUCAGAGAAUUCAUACUGGAGAAAAACCUUAUGAGUGUAAUGAGUGUGGGAAGUCCUUUAGGCAAAGGCCACAACUUUAUAUGCAUCAGAGCAUUCACACUGGAGAGAUUCCUCAUCAGUGUAAAGAGUGUGGAAAGGCUUUCAUCUAUAACUCAGAACUUAGUCUGCAUCAAAGAAUUCAUACUGGAGAGAAACCUUAUAAAUGCUGUGAAUGUGAGGAGGCCUUCAGAAAGAAGUCACAUCUUACUAUCCAUCAGAGGAUUCAUACUGGAGAGAUUCUUUAUGAAUGUAAGGAUUGUGGGAAGGUUUGCCACUACAACUCAGAGCUUAUUCGACAUCAAAGAAUUCAUACUGGGGAGAGACCUUAUGAAUGUAAUGAAUGUGGGAAGGCUUUCAGAAGAAAACCACAACUUAUUUUACACCAGAACAUUCAUACUGGAGUGAAGCCUUAUGAAUGUAGUGAAUGUGGGAAGGCUUUCAGAAGAAAGCCACAACUUAUUGUACACCAGAGCAUUCAUACUGGAGUGAAGCCUUAUGAAUGUAAUGACUGUGGAAAGGCCUUCAAGAGGAAGGCAAAUUUUAUUGAACACCAGAGCAUUCACACUGGAGUGAGGCCUUAUGAAUGCAAUGAAUGUGGAAAAGCCUUCAAGAGGAAGGCAAAUUUUAUUGAACAUCAGAGUAUUCAUACUGGAGAGAAACCUUUUGCAUGUAAUGAAUGUGGAAAGGCCUUCAGUAGUAAGACAAAACUUAAUGUGCAUCAGAAAAUUCACACUGGAGAGAAACCUUAUGAAUGUAAAGAGUGUGGGAAGGCCUUCAGAAAGAAGUCACAUCUUACUGUCCAUCAGAGGAUUCAUACUGGAGAGAGUCUUUAUGAAUGUAAAGAUUGUGGGAAGGCUUUCCUCUACAACUCAGAUCUUAUUGUACAUCAAAGAAUUCAUACUGGGGAGAGACCUUAUGAAUGUAAUGAAUGUGGGAAGACCUUCAAACAAAGACCACAACUUACUCAACAUCAGAGAAUUCAUACUAGAAAGAAUCCUUUUGAAUGUAAUAAAUGUGAGAAGAUCUUCAAAAUGAGGACACAUCUUGUUCAACAUCAAAAAAUUCAUUCUAGGUAGAAACCAUAAAAGUAUAAUACAUGUGAGAAAGCCUUUAGACCGAACCCACUAUAUUCAUCACAGAAUUCAUAGUGGAAAGAUAACUCAUGGAAAUAAGAAUGUGGGAAGGGCUUAUAUUUGUCAAGAGUGAAAUUUAGCAGGAAGGUAAACUAAGGCAAUUCCCAAAGUUAGAUAACAUUUAUUAAUAUAAAUGCCUGUCAGUAAAGGGGUUAAUGACUUACCUCCAUUUAUGCCAAAAAGCAGAAGCAAAAGGAUAGUUCUGCUUUUAUAGGUUUUGAAAAGUACAGAACAGGGUAGAUGACAUCAUGGGAUUAAUAAUACCAGAGCUAUGAUUUGGGGAAUGACAAGAGUGGUUGGAAGUUUGGUAAUGGGGGCUAGCAAUGAUCCUUCACCCCUCCUGAGAGGCACCCUCAGGAAUGCAUAUUAUUUGGGUCCAGCUGCAAGAUAGUGGCAUAGACAUAAGGCAGCAAACAAGAAUAAUUAGUAGGAGAGCUGUAUUUCUAAAUUUAACCCAUUACAGGCCCCCUGGAUUCUGAAUUAAGUUCAGAAGCAGAGAACUGUGACAUAAGCAUAUACAGGACACAAGCAAUAAAUUGUAAAUAGGAUCAAUAAGAAAAUGAUACAGGAACAAUUACACACACAGAAAACAUACAUAUCCACUCAAGUGUGUGUGUAUGUACCCAAAUAUAUAAAUGUAUAUACAUACAUAUGUAUAUUUAUGUCUUAAAUCAUACAUUUCAUACUUUAUCAUUUCUUUCUCUGAGAUAGUUAAUGUCUUCUUUUAUAGAGCCUUGGUAAUUGAUUUGAAUAUUUAUAAUAUUCGCAAUGGCUUUAUUGUUGUUAUUCCUCAGAGAGUAUUGAUGAUGUCAUGUCCAUUGUUCUUUUGGUCCUCAUUUCACUCUUAUUUUAUGCAAGUUUUUCCAUGUUUUUCUAAAACAAUUUAAAAAAAACUAGGAAAAGA